GGCUGGAGGGCAGUGGGGCUGGCCAUGGUGGAGGAUGGGGGAUAGUCCCAAGCAGGGCUGGGUGGCAGUGGGGCUGGCCAUGGUGGAGGAUGGGGGCAGAGUCCCACGCAGGGCUAGGGGGGCAGUGGGGCUGGCCAUUGUAAGGGACAGGGGCACAGUCCCACGCAGGGCUGGGGAGACAGUGGGGCUGGCCAUUGUGGGGGAUGAGGGCACAGUCCCGCGCAGGGCUGGGAGGAUAGUGAGGCCAGCUGUGGUAGAGGAUGGGGGGACAGUCCCAUGCAGGGCUGCGGGGUGGGGGGGGCAGUGGGUCAGCUGUGGUGGGACCCUGGUUAGUUUUAGUAGCAUCCUUAGACCCACAAGCAGCUGAACACCCUCAGUAGCCCCCUGUGGGUGUCCAGCGUGUAACCCUGCCCAGCCCCCUCCAUCAGGAGUGUCUCCCCCAGAGAUGGCCCCAGGCCUCAGCACCUGUUCCCACCUGCACCCCUCCCCAGACUGUCCCUCAGGGAUCCGGCUCAGAGCUCUCUAGCCAGCAAUGUCCUGCCAGCCCAUCUCACUGGGCCCCUGCCAGCUCCCAACCAGCCCACGGAGCCCAGCCACAGACGCUCCCCCCAGCUCAUGGGCAGCUGGAGUGGGGCCCAGCUGCUUUCACCCACAAGGAGUCACAGGGAGCCCCAAGAAUCACAUGGAGGGCUGAGAUCCCACGAGGCCUUUGACUCAGAGGCAGAGGCCCUAGGCACUGUCAUGGCAACAGGAGCUGGUGUCCAGCCACUCAACUCUCCCAGCCCCACGCGCCCUGGAGCAGGAACUCGAGCUGGGGGAUCAUCUCCUCCCAGCCCUGGGUUCUCACAUAUCAGUUACCGAGAUCAGGGUCCCAUUGUGCCAGACACUGCACAGACCCCCACUGAGAUCAGGGCCCCCGUUGCAGGCCUGCCGACAGAAAUUCUGGGCCCCAGGGCAGAAUGGUCAAUGGCCCCCCUAGAAAGGGAUGGCCCAGCAUGGCAUUGCCACGUGGGCACGGAGCUGGACCACGUGGAGCAACUGGUGCACACACACACAAGCAAUGCCCAUGUAGAUGCUGUCCGCCUGACAUUUGAGCGGUGCUGCACCUGUACUGGCUGCUGCCCAGUGAGCUGCUGCCGGCUGUACUGCUGGGCGCACUCCUGGCAUGACCAGGGCUUUCGCAUGCCCACCUGGCUGCCUUCGCCACUGCCGGUAUCACCCCACAUGUGCCUAGGAGCCCGCCCAGGUGAUUGCCCCCUUUGCUCCCCGACCCGUCGGCAGUCCUGCCCCAUUGUGCCAGCUGCUGUUCAGAUGCGAACUGAGAUUGUGAGUGUGCUGUGCCAGGCGAUGCCCAGAGGGAAAGGCCUGGUUACCUGAGCUCUCUGUUGACAUGACAUUAGCUGGCAGGUGCCCUGCUAGCUUCCUGCACCUGCCGGGGAGGUCGAAUGGAACAGAAAGGCCUGAGACCCAGUGGCAUUGCUCCCCCAGCAGGUCCCUUGCCUGAGAGGCCCUGAGAGCUGGGGCUAACCCAGAGAGGCCUCUGUCCUGCCCAAAAGGGGUUGCCUCCAUGGGAGACAGAUGCUCUGCUUCGUAUCCCAGCUGGGGCUGCUGGCUGAGCCUGCCAGCGGAGGGGCUUGGGGCUGAGGGCGAACAGGGCAUGCACUAGGCAGAGGCCACCAAGCCCUCUCCGGAGGCUGCACCGAGGCCAGGGGAUGAGGAAGGCCUGAGCUCUGGCACAGAGGAUGGAGAUGCAGAGGGAGCCGGGAUACAUCCAGCUGAGCCAGGGGUCUUGGGGCAGUUGCUUUUGCCCACAGUCGCAUCUGCCCUGAGCUUGGCAUUGCCUGGCCAAUGAUGGACGCCUCUCUGCUGAUUCAGUCCAUGCUGCCAUGCGUGGAAAGGGCCCUGCUGUGUUACUGCAGGACCUCCCAGCCCGCCAUGUCUCCCUGAUGGGGCAACACCUCUGCCCUGGGGGUCAGGAGCCAGCUGGACCUGCUGCCAAGACAAGGAGAGAACCAAAGGCAGGAGGGCCUGUCUUGGAGGUGCGUAAAGAGUGAAGCUGUGGGCCUCGUCAGCAUCACGGGUGCUCCAAGAGAGACAGAUCACAGCCUGGACGGGGCUGGAGGGGGGUAGUGAGCCAACCCUGCCCCAAGGGAGCGGAUUUCUGAGACAAGGUGGUUCCAGGCUGCAGUGGCCAAAGCCCAAGUGAGACCCGAUAGCCAGAGAUGGAAGCUAGAGAGAUUCAGGGCAAACCUAAGGGGCAGGUUUGAACAGUGAAGGGGAUUCUCCCUGGAGACAACUUGCCCAGGUGGUGGCAGAUGCUCCCUCACUCAGAGUCUUUCAGGGCAGGGUGGGGUCUCUCUCCAGAGUCUGUGCUCUGGCUCCAUCGGGGCAGGAGGCAGGAGCCCCUGGGCAGGGCUGGUGCCUGGUGUGACACAGGAGAGCAGACAGAGGGCACAAUGGGCUGCCUGCUCUUGGAGUCUACGAAGUUCUGCUGGGACUAAGGGCAGCUCCAUGGCAGAGCCCUCCACUCAGCUCCCACAUGGGGUCCCCCACAUUCUCCAGGCGGUUGGAAGCAGGCAUCAGUGCCAGCUGUGUGUGUAAGGGGCACUAUGGGAAGUGGAGGAAACACAUUUGUGCCUCAGGGCUCAGCACUGGCCAGUCCCCCCCAGGCUGUGGGGUCCCAGCACCCCUGCCCACUGCAGGUAGGGAAGGGCCAUGUGCCAGGAUCUGGGUGAUUGCCCCACUCCAGUCCCAGCCCCAUUGUGCACCAGCCCAUGGCAGUGGGGAGGGUUCUUGGCUCUGAAGGGCUGCCCCCCAGGGAGUGCUGGCAGGGGAGGGAAUCCCAACACUGGCACUAGGGGAGUAGAUGGCACCAGCCCAUUGGCUACUGGCCCGUUCCCUGUGGCCAGGCACCCAGCUCUGCAACCUGCGGUGAAACGGCCCCAGGCUUAUCAGGACGGCCCAGGUGUGGGGUCCCAGCGUGGCCGUUAUUGUGUGAAAUGUCCUUGUGAAACCUGCCCAGCACAGCGGGGAGAUGCUUAUCUGCAGGGAUGCCCUGAGCCAGUGCGGCCGGAGAGCAGGGCAGUGAUGGGGAGUGGGAUGGAGGUUGUGACUGGCAGCAGCUCUCCUCAGUCCCGACCCACAGCCCCUGCUUGUCCAGCACUGGCUACCCUCUCUGUCUCAGCUCUGCCGGUGCCCCUCUCUCCUGACCCACAGCACAUGCUAGCCCAGCAUUAUAUUCAGGGUCUUUCUAAAGUGGGUCCCCGAGUGGCUGGGAGUCCAGUUCCCUGCUACCAUCAGCACGGGGGUGAAUCCAGGACCCCCUAUGGUCUAUGGGGAGUUGGGAGCACUUUGUAGACAGCUCGUUUAUAAACUCUGCCAAUGGCCCCUAGCUGGCAAUAUGGGGCAGCUUGUAGGUUGGAGCCCAGGCUGAGUAUAGGGAUGUCACAAGCUGUGGGGUGCGGGUGCUGGGGGUGGAACACAAGGGGCUGGGAGCUGAUAGUGACUCUUUCCCCAUCACCCAGCUUCCUGUUCCAGACCAAUAUAAGGGGCUGGGAUGGCUGGAGCUGUCGGAGCUCACUGAGGACCCACAGCCAUCAUAGAGCCCCCCCAGAUCUGCCAGAGAUGAAGCUGGUCCUGGUCCUGGCACUUGCCCUCCUGGGGGCCGUCUCUGCUCACCAGCUCCCCUCAGAUAAGGGCACCCCGGAGCAGGAGGUACCAGCCAAACAGGGCGAGGAGGAGCCUGCGGAGCCAGAGCCACCGUGCCCCAUGGAAAGCGAGAGCUUCAGGAUGAUAGUACCUGGCCAGGGGGGCCACACCUGUCGCUAUGUGUUUGUGAACAAUUGCCAGCCAUUUUGGACAGCCCAGAAACUAUGUGCCCGCUGCUACCACGGCCACCUGGCCUCCAUCCACAACUAUGCAACCAACCAGCGCCUGAGCUGCAUGGCGCAUGCCCGCACCAACCAGGGCCAGGUGUGGAUUGGCGGCUACACCUCCCGCUGGUUCUUGCAUGUGCACCCCCGCUGGGUCGACCACAGUUCCUGGAACUACUCCAACUGGGCCAGAGGGAACCCUUGGCAGUUUUGGAAAUCGUGUGUCGCCAUGUGCACUGUAGGUGAGGAGCCCCCUGGGGCAGGACAGGGCGGAGAUGGGGAUCUAUUCACUGCUUGUGGGAACAAGAGCCCUUAGGCAAGGGAACCGCGGAUCUGUGGGACAGGGGUCCGAGGGUAGGUGGGGCUGUGGGGUGUAGGGCAGGAGAUGAGGGUAGGUUGGGUCAUGGGGUGUAGGGGAGGUGGGGCUUUAGGGCGUGGGGAAGGGAAUCCAAGGGCAGGUGGGGCCAUGGGACAGGGCAUCUGAGGAUAGGUGGGGCCGGGGUUUUGGUGCAGGGGAUCUGGAGUUAGUGGUACUAUGGAGGUCUGGGGCAAGGGAGCUGGGAUUUGCUGUGGGCUGGGUGCCAGGUGCCAGCUGGGAGGGCACUAAUCCCUCUCUUUCGGCCAGGUGGUCAAUGGAGAAGCGUCAGCUGCGGGACUCGCCUGCCCUUUAUUUGCGAGUACUGAGGAGGCUGCUCUCUAAAUGGGGUCCCGUUGCCCCCACUGCUCUCCUGGCCUGGGACCCCCACUCUGCCCUGCCGGAGGUGCCCCAGCUUCCUGGACUCGGCUCUGCUCCCAGCCUUGCCCCAGCUCCCUGGGGGGGCAGCCUCCACCCUUCGCUUAUUGCCUGUGACUCCCUGCAAUAAAACAGCGCUAGACUCAUC